AGAAGCUGGAUUGCUUCAAAUAAUCUUCUUGUCGGUUGUUUUUUGGAAACACAUGUGGCUCAGGAUAAUGCCAGUGCUGUUUUGGCUGCAACUCUUCCGGGUUGGAGGAUGGAUAAUAAUUAUUGUAGCUCUGAACUGGGAAGGAUCUGGGUGGUGUGGGAUCCGUCAGUUUCAGUUUUGGUUUUCAGCAGGACUGAUCAGUUGAUGAUGUGCUCUAUUAAGAUUCCUAAUAUCUCGCAGUCCAUCGCUGUCACUUUUGUUUAUGGUAGAAAUACAGAAGCUGAAAGGAGACCACUUUGGGAAGACAUUUCAAGGCUGGCUGCUUCAUCUCCUCUGUGUGAUUCGGCUUGGAUUUUGGCUGGUGACUUCAAUCAAAUUGCUUCUCUAAAUGAACAUUACUCAAUCAUUCAAUCAAAUAUGUCUUUGAGGGGGUUAGAGGAUUUUCAGACUUGUUUGACGGACAAUGAUCUUACGGACAUUCCUUCGCGUGGACUCUUUUAUACGUGGUCUAAUCACCAGCAGGAUAACCCCAUUAUCAGGAAGCUGGACAGAGUUUUAGCUAAUGGGGAAUGGUUCUCUGCCUUCCCUAGUGCAACGGCCGUCUUUGAUCCACCUGGAGACUCUGAUCAUGCGCCUUGCAUCAUUCAAAUAGACAAUCAACCUGCAGUCUCCAAGAAAUGCUUCAAGUAUUUUUCCUUCUUGGCUACUCAUCCUCAGUUUCUGAGCUUCAUCAGUGAGGCUUGGAGGGCUGAUAUUGCGGUGGGCUCGGCGAUGUUCUCGCUUGGUGAACAUCUAAAGGCUGCAAGGAAGGCUUGUAGGGUGUUAAAUAAACAGGGUUUUAGUAACUUACAGCAGCGGACAAAGGAGGCUCUUACUACCUUAGAGGAUAUUCAAUUUUUGAUGAUGACUAAUCCCUCUCCUUCUUUAUUCAGGGAAGAGCAUGUUGCACGAAAAAAGUGGGAUUUCUUUGCUGUGGCUUUAGAGUCAUUCUAUAGACAGAAAUCUAGAAUCAAAUGGCUGAAGGAAGGAGAUGCUAAUACUAGAUUUUUUCACAGAGCGGUUUUGGCACACCACGCAAAGAAUCUAAUCAAGUACCUUAGAAGAGAGGAUGGGGUCAGAGUGGAGAAUGUUGAUCAGAUAAAAGGAAUGAUGGAGGCUUACUACACUCAUCUUUUGGGCUCAGCAAGUGUCAAUGUAUCCCCGUUUUCUGUGGAUAGUAUUAGGUCUCUACAUCCUUUCAGAUGUGAUCAGACUCUGGCUGAAAAAAUCUCAGCCAUCCCAACCGAUGAAGAAAUCAUUCAAACAAUCUUCUCCAUGCCUAGGAACAAGGCGCCGGGACCGGAUGGUUUUCCGGCUGAGUUUUUCUGGGAUGCGUGGGAAGUGGUGAAGGAAAGCACUCUUGAUGCGAGGAGCGGUCAAUGGGCUUUUCUCUCCUCAUCCUCGUUGCUUGGCUCCUCUGGUUACGCAUCUGAGUUUCGCUGACGAUGUGUUGGUUUUCUUUGACGGCUCUGAAGCAUCUAUUGGAGGGAUUCUGAAUAUUCUUGAGGAUUUCAAAGAGGGUUCCGGUCUGGGAAUUAAUAUGAGUAAGACUG